AUGGAUCGACCGAUCCCGUGCGCGACCGACGCUCUAGUGCCGAGCGGAUUGGUCGAUCGCGAAUUCCUGCGCGAUGCGCGACCGGCGGACGUGACGAAUCUUCCCGGAAAACAACCGACGAGACGACUCAAGGGCGGGAUCGUGUCGCUGUGCGACGGCGGCGUCGACGCGAUCUGCGCGCCGUCGAUGGCGAAUAAACAGGCGUACGCCGAUGCGCACGGGUACGAUUUCAUCGUCGACGCCGACGUGAUCGAUAGAAGCAGACCGACGAGCUGGAGUAAACUCUUGGCGAUGCGCAAGCAUCUUCCGAGGUAUGAUUUUUUGCUCUACGUGGACGUCGACGCCGUCGUGAUGAACCCCGAGACGGGUUUGGAGGACAUCGUCGAUUUCGACUACGAUCAAGUCCUCGCCGCGGAUUCGAACGGGGUGAACUGCGGGGUGUGGUUGGUGCGAAACACGCCUUGGACGCUGUGGUUUCUGGAUGAACUCUGGGCGCAAGAACACCUCGUGGCGCCGAAGAAUACGUGGAACAUGCUCUUCAAGUACGAACAGCGCGCGUUUCAUCACCUCUACGCGUCGACGCGAUGGCGCGAAGUCACUAAGGGACCAAUCUAUCCCAACGCGAACACCGUUCGGGCGAGGACGAAGAUCGUGCACGCGUGCGCAUUCAACUCGCAGCCGUGGUUUUACGAAACGGGCGAUUUCAUCAUUCAUCUCGCGGGACUCAAAGGGACGGUUAAGUGUGUCGUGUUCGCGCGCUACUACGCGCGCGCGCGGGCGUUGAUGCGCGCCAAGGGGAUGGUCGUCGCCGCCGACGUCGAUGUGCCCCCGCCCAGCGCGUGGACGUGUCUCACGAAGAACGCGUGA